AUGAGCGGAGGCGGAUAUGAUGACCAGUUCAUUUCACAAAUCGAGUAUGCCCAAAAGGCAGUUGAAGGAUCUAGCACAAUCAUUGGUGUAGUCUGCAAGGACGGAGUUGUCCUUGCCACUGAAAAGGUUAUGCCCAACAAACUUUACCUUCCCCAAACUGAUAAGAGAAUCUACUCCAUGAGUAGACAUGCAGGACUUGUGGCUAAUGGAGUCAUUCCUGAUGGCAGAAAUAUUAUGUAUAAGGGAAGGAAGGAGUAUAAGUCCUAUGGUGACCAGUUCGGCACUGAGAUCACAGGAAAAAUUCUUGCAGAGAGAUUGGCUCAAUACAUGCACUUUAAUACUUGUUAUUAUGGAAAAAGACCAUUUGGAACAUCAGUAGCUGUCUCAGCAUGGGAUAAAAUCAAUGGGUACUCUCUUCACCUCAUCGAGCCAUCAGGUGAUUGUAACCAAUACUGGGGAUGUGCCAACGGCAGGGGUAAGCAAACCGCAAGGAGUGAAUUAGAAAAAGAAGAAUUUAAAGAGACCACUUGUGAAGAUGCUUUACCUAAAAUAGCAAAGAUCUUACUCCUCUCAACAGAAGAGACCAAAGAAAAAGCAAGGGAAUUAGAAUUUUCUGUCCUCUCUGAUGAGACCAAUCAUGAGCAUAAGUUUGUAAGCGCUGAGAAGACCGAUGAGAUCCUCCAGGGAGCCCUUAAAGCUAUUGAUGAAGAAGACAUGGAUGAAGACUAA